AUGGCGAUACUCUUCAUCAACAUUGGGAAAGAUACAAGAAACUACUCAAAGACUGCCCACAUCAUUAUUAGACUGGUGCAAGCAAUUAAUCUACGAAGUGGUAGAGCAUUGGAUGAUGUGCCACCUAAAAUGCGUGUGCCUAAAGAAGUUUAUGAAAUAUUGGCAUUUCAACCUGAGGUAGGAGCUGAAAAUAAAGGUGAGGAACACAUGCAAGAGAUAGAGGUAAGGCCAUCGCCGCCCUUACCAGAAAGGUUGCAAAAAUUAAAAGAUGAUUCCAAGUACAAAACGUUCUUAGAUAUCUUGAGCCAGUGCAGUGCUAGAGUACAAAGUAAGCUCCCACCUAAGUUGAAGGAUCCAGGUUGUUUUAAUAUUGUCUUGGAGAUUGGAAAACACGAGGUUGGUAGAGCCUUGUGCGAUCUAGGAUCGAGCAUUAAUUUGAUGCCACUAUCAAUGUUCAAGCAGCUCAAUCUUGGAGUCCCCAGGCCUACUACUAUAACUCUACAACUAGUAGAUCGUUCAUUAGUAGUGCCUGAAGGAAUUAUUAAAGAUGUGCUGGUGCGCAUAGUGAAGUUUAUCUUUCUCGCAGAUUUCAUUAUUCUUGGCUACCUGGCUGAUGAGGAGGUUCCAAUUAUUUUGGGGCAACCAUUCAUGGCUACUGGAGGGGCACUUAUUGAUGUGAGGGAGGUCAAGCUAAAGAUAAGAGUGCAUGAUGAAGAAAUCACAUUUAAUGUGUACAAGGCAUUUAACCUUCCUAGGAAUUAUGAGGUUUUGUGCAUGAUCUCUAUGCUAGAAUUGAAGUUGAUAGAGCAAGGUCUUAAUAUGGAGCCUAGUAGCAUGGAAAAGAAAAUCGAGUUAGAAGAAGUGUGUUGCGAGCUGAAUUUCUAA